AUGGCGCCGCUGCGCUGUCAGCUGCUUCUGCUGCCCGCUUUGGCUCUCGCCUUCGGCCCCGUCGCCGGGCUGGAGGCGCCGGACGAGGCCGAGGAGCUGGCGACGGGGAUGGUGGCGGAACUGCGAGCCGCGGGGUUGCCCGGAGAUCUGCCCGAGCUGGAGCCCGAGUGCCGUCGCCUCCUCACCGCCUUCGCGGAGGGCAGCGCGACGCUGUCGGGGUGCCUGGCCCGCCGCGCCCGCCCAGUGCGGCUCUGCCAGGCCUGCGGCGGCCUCUACCGCAGCCUCCUGACGCAGUAUGGGGACAUCGCCCGCGCCGUCGGGAAUUCCUCCGAGAGCCACGACUGUGCCAAAAGUAUCCUGACCUCGGACAGGCUGCAGGUAGUUGUGACCCUUUCAGCGUUCUUUAAUGACACGUGGGAGGCAGCCAACUGUGCAAAUUGUAUAAAGAACAACAGUGAGGGAUUAUCAAAUUCUACUCAAGAAUUCAUGGAUUUAUUCAAUAAAUCUCUGACAUGUUUUGAACGCAACCUUCAGGGGCAAGCCAUGGAUCUAUCACCAAAUAACUACACUGAAGUAUGUAAAAACUGCAAUGGAACCUACAAAAAUUUGAAUGACCUCUAUAACAAGUUGCAAAGGCUGAACAGACAUGGUGAUGAGUCUGGGCAUUCCACACAUUUGUGUAUCGAUGUGGAAGAUGCAAUGAACAUCACUCGGAAGCUCUGGAGCAGGACUUUCAACUGCUCUGUUCCCUGCAGUGAUACGGUCCCAGUGAUUGCCGUUUCGUCCUUUAUCCUCUUCCUACCUAUUGUUUUUUAUCUUAGUAGCUUCCUUCACUCAAAGCAGAAGAAGCGGAUACUCAUUUUGCCCAAACGUAUCCAGUCAAAUGCCAGUCUUGUGAACAUCCAAGAAAAAUACAGCUGAGCUGCAAAACAAAACCUGAGAACUGCUGCUGGUAUACAGUGGGUACAAUUGUGUUGGAAUGAGGCCGGCACAAAAGAGGAGUUAAUUAUGGUUUAGUGUAAUGAUACAGAGCAACACAAGUUAAACAAAAUGCUGUCUGACUUCUAAGCGAGGAUAUUAACAAACAUGACAAGGCAGGGCUGUGUGACACUGUAUGGACUCCAGUUUUGAAAAAUCUGUGUUUUUUCCAGUCUCAGGCUGAAGCUGGUGUUUUUCUGUCUCUGAGCCUUUGUAUUUCUCACCACUGGAAUACUUUCUUGGCACGUUUUUUUUCCUCUUUAAUUUAUUCUAUUAGUUUCACAGAAACCUAUCUGAGAUUCUGAAUCUUUUCAAAAUGGUUUUCAUAGACAGGAAGGACUUGAAUUAGCAUUUGACAUUCCUGUUUGAAACAUUAUUUCCAUGUAACACGGCCUUGGGAUCGGCAGAAAACUUGAAAAAUAAAAAUUCUCUUCUGAUACCUCUUGCUGAAGUCAUACAGCUGCUGAGCGGGUUGUAAUGGCCUCUGUGAAAAACGUGAGAUCUGCAGUGGAAGUGGUAAUAUAUAAUGUCCAAAGCCAGCAACAAAAGCAACAGAACUGCCAACACUAGACGUGAAUAGCAAUCAUUAAUGACUACAGUAUUGAGCUAUUUCAGAACAGGCAGCGUAUUUACUCAUUUGCACACUUGAACCACUAAGUAAAAUAAUUGCUCUUUAUAUGUUAAAUUUUCAGAGGCUUAUUCUAAUGUGUGCCUGGGUAAUUGGGAAUAUCACUUUUUUUCUAUUUAUAGUAUUGUUUCCUUUUUUCCAUUUAAUUAUAAAGUGAUUUUUUUUUUUUUUUUUUUGUGUGAGAAGUGAGGUAAAGUCAAGUCACUGGAAGGAUUUCCUAGCCUAGAGCUUGCUGUGGCUUAAUACAGAGGUGUUUACAGGAAUGUGGUGGGAAAAAACACAAUCCUUUUCUAUAUAACAUUUUAUCAGUACAUGAGCCAGGGAAUUCUCUAACUUGAAAAGUGUCCUGCAGGACAAUAAAGAUACUGUGUUGGCAACUGAUAACUUUUGAUAAAUAGUUUUAAAAAAUAGCUAUGUGGAACAGAUGAAUAAUUAAUAUAAGGUUGCAGGAUUCCAAAGCAGAUAAAAAAAAAAAAGCUGCAUAAUAAUGUCAGGAUGGACAGUGCUGCUGGUGGGCAAUGGCAUGGUUCUACAGGCAACAGCUGCAGCAGUACCAGAGGUUCAGUUUGGCUGAUGGUGGUGCUAGCUUGGGAGAGCAGCGGGGUUAAAGUGAUUUAUAGCUAUAUCUAAGAUUAAUGAAUGUCUUUGCCCCCAUUUUGAAAUGUGUUGUUAUAACCAUGAGAUAAUAACAGCCACAUUGGCAAAAAAAAAUUUCUCUUGAAACCUGUGUCUGACUUCUGUCGAAGCUCCUAUGUUCUUGUCUUGCUUUGGAGCCUGAUAUGUUUAAUUUUUCCUUUGCACAAAGGCUCAAAUAAAUAUAUAGCAAUUUAACAAAACAUCCUAAAGCUCUUUGAGUUAUUGUGGUUCUUUGUUUUUUGGUUUUUUUUUUUUGUUUGUUUUUUUGAGUCAGGACACACUGACCAUUUUAAAGUCAAGUGUGUGUUUAAUAUGAAGUACAAUAGCAUGCUACUGACUGGUUAUGUCCAUAUGAUUGGUGGUUUUUUUUUUUGUAUUUUAUAACAAAAGAAUAGUAUUUGUACUUAUCUGCCUUUGUUACGUGUGAAUUUCUAGGUCAACAGUCAGUUUGCUCCAGGUAGUGUAUAACAAUAAUAGAAAACUGUUACUUCUGCUUAUUACUUGGUUAUUCUGCAACUGGGAAAGGCAUGCUGCCUUCAAAAAGAAAAAAAAGAUGAAUUUUUUUUGUAUCUUGAUCUUUUUUGUAUCUCUUAUUCUCAAACUUACACUUUCUGGGACUUAGCUGCCUGUUCUAAUAGCAUUACUUUGAUUUGGGACAUCAUAUGAUUGAGAGUUGCUGAAAGCAAUCUUUCAUUCAUGCAGAUAAAGCCAGUUUGUAUGUGCAGCAUUUCAGAAUGACAGCUUUUAUACUGUAAGCAGUGGCUUUUUGAGCACAUUCGUGUUAAGUAGGUCUCAAAGUCAUUACUUUGGAUGUGGUGAUUAAGCACUUUAAAAAAAAAAACCAAAAAAAAAAAAAACCAACAACCCAGCUUUUCUUAUUUUCCUGGUUGCUAAGCCAAAUGGAAAUGCUCAUGUGACUUUUGGUUUUUGUUUUAAAGCAGCAGUGAUGUUUACACUUGAGAUUUUUAAUCUUCUAUCUACUGUUUCUCCUUUUUCUUUUUCUGCAAAUUUCGCACUACAACCUUGCUUUACAGUCUUACAUUUUUGGUAGGAUGUUUCUUACAAAAAGCAAUUGACUGAAUUCUCUUUGUACUCUUUCUUAGAGAAAUGUGGAAGCACACAGUUCGUGUGUCUGAAGGAGGCCUAGAAUUCUUUUGGCUGCUAAUCUUUUACCUUGGUUUAUUUUUUCUUUUUGGUAUUAUAUGUACAAAAUGGCAAACUUUGGAAAUCCUGGUUGUUUGUAUCUUUUUGUGCAAAUAAAGAUUUCUAACGGGGGAGCAGCACUUUGGUUCGUAUUUAUACUUAUUAGGAAACUUCUCAACACUGGAAGUCAGCUUUAAUAAAGAUUGUCAAUAAACAGUGAA